AUGGAACCCAAUAAGAACCAAAAGAACCUAGACAGACUCGCUCGAAUCCGAGAAAACCAACGAAACAGUCGCGCACGGAAACUACAGCAUACUCGAGAGUUGGAACAGAAGUUGGCUGCAUUGCAAGAACAAGCCCGUCUCCGGGAUGUGGAACACAGACUGGCCAUGCAGAAGCUGGAGGCGGAGAAUAGGAAGCUGAGACACCUCCUGACCCGUUCUGGUCUGGCGUCAGACUCGAUCGAAAAAUAUUUGCACGCCGAUGAUUUGGCCUCGACUGAGAAACUCGCUAUUCCGAAUCUCCGCCGACCUGAGGCAGAAUGCCAACCAUAUCGCGUGCGACCAUGUUCAUCAACAACAAAUGAUGCUGCUACGAGGGCCACCGGGAAUGCACUUGACUCAAAUUCUGCUAUAAAGCCUGAAUCAAGGACUUUGCUCCAAGGUAUAGAAUCCCAAGGGUCUGCUCGAGAUACCGUCUGUGGUUGUGCACCCAACGAAGCUAUAGCAUCAUGGCCCAGUAACGAGGACGUCCUGAACACUACGCUUUGCGCGAUUGCGGAUGAGUUGAUUGACCAGUACAACACACGUGGGGUGGAUAUGGAGGAGAUUCGCAGAAAGUUAUGGGCCGGGUUUUCUAAAGGGCUCACUACGGAGGAAGGGUGCAGAGUGCAGAACCAUAUACUGUUUCAAGUUCUGGAUGAAAUCAGCAACAGCUGA